AUGAGUCUGGAAGGCUACCGGCUGGGCCCUAGCGGAGACACCACGCAGCAGGCAGAGGACGAAGCCCGGCAGCCCCAGCGCCGGCCGAGCAGCAGACACCGCAGCAGCGGGCAGGGACCUCCCGCCUCUAGCCGGCGCUGUGCGGCUGCAAGGCCCGGCCUGCCGCGUCCCGGGGCUCGCUGCUGCACCAGCCAAGCGCCCGGGCCCGUGCGGCGAGUCCAGCCCGCGCCUCCCCGACCCGCUCCCCUGAGCCCGGCCAUGCUGGCGGCGCGGCUGCUGCGGGCGGCCCCGAGCGGGCUCGCCUCCCUCCACAGCUCCGCCCGCCGCCUGCGCGGGGCCCGCGUGGCCGUGGUCUUGUCUGGAUGUGGUGUGUAUGAUGGCACGGAAAUCCAUGAGGCCUCAGCCAUUUUGGUUCACCUGAGUCGUGGGGGAGCUGAAGUUCAGAUGUAUGCCCCAGAUAUUCCUCAGAUGCAUGUUAUUGACCACAGCAAAGGACAACCAGCUGAGGCUGAAUCAAGAAACGUUUUAGUGGAAUCAGCAAGGAUUGCUCGUGGUAAAAUCGCAGACCUGGCUAAACUUAGUACAAAGGACCAUGAUGCUGUGAUAUUCCCUGGUGGAUUCGGAGCUGCUAAAAACCUUUCCACCUUUGCUGUGGAUGGGAAGGAUUGCAAAGUGAAUGGAGAGGUUGAACGUGUCCUGAAGGAAUUCCACAAAGCUGGGAAACCCAUUGGCCUGUGCUGCAUUUCACCAGUGUUGGCUGCAAAAGUACUCUCUGGUGCUGAAGUUACUGUGGGACAUGAAGAAGAGGAAGGUGGGAAAUGGCCGUAUGCCGGAACUGCAGGAGCCAUUAAAGCAUUGGGAGGAAAACACUGUGUAAAAGAAGUAACUGAAGCUCAUGUAGACGUGAACAACAAGAUGGUUACUACCCCAGCAUUUAUGUGUGAAACGGAAUUACAUCACAUCUUUGAUGGUAUUGGGGCCAUGGUAAAGGGUGUCCUGAAAUUAACAGGCAAAUGAAGUGGCUAUCUGUAAUAAUAAUAGUAAGUUUUAGGAAAUUAAGCGUACAAUACCAGAAAUAUCAUGCAUCGAUGGAAACAUAUUUCCCCUGCUUGCCCCUUUAGCACUUUUAUAAACCCAGACACAAAGCUGACAGUCUGAUUCCCAGCUGUGUUCAGAUAUUGCAAAAAUGUUUGCUACGUAAAUGCAUUGAUUUCCAAGCACAUCCUCACUAAAGCGUCUGCUGACUGGCUCUUUGAGUAAAGGUAAUGCAUCCCGUAACCUUAAUAAUUUUUUGGACUUGGACAGUUGGUGAGGGUUGUGUGAGAAUGUUCUGAGACCAGCCAGCAUACUAUUCCAACAACAAAAAAACCCUCCAUUCCUUCGAAAAAUACUAGGGACACACAUGAAAACGGAAUGACAUGAAUACUGUGGAAUCAGAAUAUCUGGAGCAGCAGCCUGGUGCAGUGGACUGAGCAUAGGGCUGGAUUGCUUUGUAGAUUUCACAGUUCUGUUUCAGAGGCUGCAUAGUGUGGUUGAAAUGCACCAGUUACAUUGCUGUUGCAAGGAGUAGAUACAGCUGCUGUAGGACUGACUGCCAUUCAGAGGUGGGGAGUGAAGUUACUGCUGACUGCUGUUCGUUCUGAGGAAAGCUAUGUUAAAAUGCAUCCCUGGCUAGUCUAGCUGCCUUCCAUUGAAACAGCUAUUGUAUUGAGUUCUCUGGGUGUGUCAGUCUGAACUUUGGCAUUGAGAGAGUGCUGGGAUCCGGGGACAGAGAAAUUUAAGAGAACUGAACCAUGGGGACACACUUACCCGUGUGUUUCAAGCAAGGCUGCAAUAAUUUGCUGGGUAUGCAGUCAUUUCGUAUGUCCAUGAGGUAAAAGUCAGGAUCAGCUUUGAUGUAGCCAAUGGAAACAGUCAUUUCUAUGCCCCAUGGUUAACGCAACAUUAAUUAAAACAUUGUGUUGCAUGGCCCUCCUUUCCAUAUUCUUUUCAUGGCUUUUUUUCUGUUUUAAAAGGUGUGCUUUAUCCAAUUAUGAAUAAAUCUGUGUGUCAGCAGCAGGACACACCUUAUUGUAAAUGCCCUAGCAUUUUGAAGAAUCUCUCCUAAUUUAACUGCACAAUAAGCCUUUUAUAUCUAAAAGAGGGCUUGAAACAGGGAAAAAGUAUCAGCGACUGUGCCUUGUACAUUUUAAAGAUAUCUUCCACAUGAACGUAGUUACUUGCCUAGCAAUGGGCAGCAGGCUGACUCCAGUGCUAUUACCACCUUCCCCUUUCCAGACUAACAGCGCUCCUUCCAUAGAAAUACAAUCAACUGUAAGAAGAAUGAGGUAUAAAUUAAUUAAAUGUUGUCCAGUUAUUUUCGUUUCCCUUUUCCUUGCAUCUCUCUUUUAAUCAUAGAAUAUUUGCAUUUGAAGGAACCUUUAGUGAUUCAUAGAGUCCAACAACCUUCAGCAUUUCCAUCUCUUUCCUAAAUGUUGUCUAUUCACUUAUUUUUAUUUCUCUUCCUGCCUCAUUAACUUUUUUCUUUAUAGGCCGGCAUAGCAUUCUGUUCCUUGUAUUCUCUUUCAGCUCCAAGUUGUCUGUCUUUCUCUCUAUUCACAGAAAAAUAAUGUCGACAUAACAGAGCUUUGUGCCCCAUGGGCACCAGCUUUUCACAUACAAGUACCAUGUUCCAAAUACAUUUGCCCUGUGUUUUUUAAUCAACAGGAAUUUUAAGACAUGUACAUGAAGUUGUUUUUCAAGAGUCCCAAUUCUUUUGUUCCUAUUAUGAUGAUGAUGAUCUUAAAAGGUUACAACGUGGAUUUUGAGGAUGUUUUUGCCACCACAUAGUCUGCUAAUUUGUUUACUCUGUGAUGUAAUGAUAUGAAUAUACAUUGUUCUGCUUAUUGGUGCUUUUGUUAUCCAGACUUUAGGCCUGCUGUCACUGUUAAGAAAACUAAACUAAUUUUGAUGUGGCUACAGAAAUUUUCUGUGUGUGGUGUUAACUUUAUGUACAGUGUUUUACUGUAGUAUUAACAAAAAUGUCAUGUAUGAGAUAUGUUCCAGGGAAUAUAUAUAUCAUAGUGGGUGUUUCAGUUAAAGGUGGUUCUUGUCAAUUUUAAACUAAUGAGCUUCAUUUAGAUUCUGAUGUGGUCUGAUUGUGUGAUAUCGCAUUGAGGUAUCAUAAAUACUAUCUAUGCCCUUGACUGGAAAGCAGUGGGGAUUUAAGAAGAUGCUUUUCCUUUGUAAAAAAGAUAGUUCCAUUUGAAAAAUGGUUUAAUCAAUGCUCAUGUGAAAAGAAAAGUACUCUUAUGGAAGAGAUUUUUUCUCUAUUAGAGCAUUUUUUUAAAAAUACAAAACAUUUUUGUCUAGUACAUGUCCAGCGUGAGCUGAGGUUUUGAAAUUGCACCACAAGCAUAUGCACUUCACGUUGAUCACCUUAAUAGUCAAAACUGUGAGCUUCAAUAGUAUCCUCUCUUGUGGAGGUUCUCAGGAAGCUAAAAACAAGAGCUACAUACAAAUUAUAUUAAGUUUGUUUGGGUGGAGGUUAGUAAACUUCAUGUUGCUCAUGAUUUGUUACAAGGCUGGGUUUAUGUGUGCAGAAAUUGUCAGCUAUCAGAGGAGCAAGAAUAGAAGUGUAAGACAUUGUUUUCAUGUAGCUGACUACAAAUAAAGGCUGCUUCCAUAUGU